AUGGCAGCCAAAUUUAUGAAUUUUGGGUCAGUUUUACUGAAUGGCGGCCAAAUUUAUGAAUUUUGGGGUGAGCUCGUGAGCGAAGCCAACGAGCGCGGCUCCGGGGCCGAAAUCCGGUCCGUGGAGCAGCUCGCCAGGAGCAACCUGACCAUCUUGUUGGGCAACCCGACGCACGCCCAGUUCGUGCCGGUGCAGGGCUGGGGCCUGGCGGACAAGGUGCAGUACACGGAGCCGCUGGGCAUGACGCAGGCCGACGUGCUGGACCGCGUUGGCGUGGCCCGCGACGCCGCCACCUUCAUGAUGCUGGGGUCGCAAGGCAGUCAGCCGCCCAUGCUCGCCGACAGGACGCGCGUCCGCCUCUUUCGGCUGCCGAUCGAGGAGUCCGUCACGGACUACAUCGUGAUGCGCGGCUGGCCGUACGAAGGGACUUUUCGCAGGUUCCUCGGGCGCUGGCGCGCCGCAGGGCUGUUCGAGAAGUUCGAGCAGACGGGGCCGGCCAACCCGACGCCGGACAGGAAUGUGUUGCCGUCGUCGUUCGAGCCGCUCACGCUGGCCCACGCGUGGCCUAUGCUGCGUAUCCUCCUCGAGGGAUGCCAAUGGGUCCAGCUUAGGCGCAUAGAGAACUCAACAACGAAUCCUAUUGUGAAACUGGAGUACGGCCCCAGUACUUUCUUACUCAGCUGUAGUGACAAAGCCUACCCAAAGGCCUGCUACCUCGACGUGGUCGGAGGGCCCAGUACCGGGGGUAAAACCCCGGGAAGCUAA